CAUAUGAUUUUUCGCAACGCUUCCUGAAAAUACCGCUGCAGAUGCUGUAGAAAACAGUACUCAGUUUCUCUACUUUUUUUUAAUUUUUUAUAACUAAUUCGUUAAUGGUAUAUCAGAAUGAAAAUGCACCAUAUCAUUUUGAUUUCUUUCUUCAUUACGGGGGCAAUCGCAGGGAAGUACUCAAAAGAAAUUAAUGAACAAAAGGCAUCUGAAGGCAACAAUCAUGUGGAAUUUAGGAUUGCCAAACUUAAUCAGGUUUGGGAAAAGGCAGUAAGGAUGCAGCUUGCUCCGGUGCGACUGUCAGAACUACACAGUGAUCUAAAGAUCCAGGAGAAAGAUGAACUUCAGUGGAAAAAGCUAAAAGGAGAAGGCUUGGACGAGGAUGGAGAGAGAGAAGCCAAGCUCAGACGCAGUUUUAAUAUUAUUUUGGCAAAGUAUGGAAUGGAUGGGAAAAAAGACACGCGGAUGUUGGACAGCAAUAGAUUAAAGGAUCAUGAUGUUAAAGAGGGAGAUACAUUUGAUGACCCAAGAUUGGACAAGCUGUGGAACAAGGCCAAAACGUCUGGAAAGUUUUCUGAAGAGGAACUCCAUAGCCUGCAGAGAGAAUUCCUGCACCACAAAGACAAGAUCAAUGAGUAUAACAUUGUCAUGGAUACUGUCAGCCGGACCGAAGAGAUCCAAAAGAAUGUAAUCACCCCUCUGGAGGGUGAAGGGAAGGAAUAUGUUCUCCAUCAGAAACAUUCAGAUCUGAAGCAGAGAAUGAGAAACCUAAACCAGGGCUUUGAACGGCUCCGCAAGAUCACCCAUGAGGGUUACAGUGCUGACAGCGAAUUUAAGGAGCCACGAGUCAUAGAGCUUUGGGAGAUGGCGAAAAGAUCUAAUCUUACUGAGGAUGAACUUGGCUCUCUUAAAGAGGAACUUGGACACUUUGAAACAAAGGUGGAAAAGCACCAGCACUAUCAGGAGCAGCUGGAACUGUCACAUCAGAAACUGAAGCAUGUCGAAGCAUUGGGUGACAAAGAACACAUAAUGAGAAACAAAGAGAAAUACAACACUCUUGCUGAGAAAGCACGAGAAAUGGGAUACAAGAUGAAGAAACACUUGCAGGACUUGACUAAUAAGAUUUCCCGAAAUGGAUUGCAACACAAUGAACUCUGAUUACCAUUUCUUUGCCAUAGUGACAAAACUACUACAAGUUAUAAUCAUUCAGAGGUCACAUAUGCGGUUUCUCCCCUGAAUUCUAAAAUGUUUUCCAACAUUUAUGAUUUAUGAGUCUUGAAAGAUAGGGCAUUAUUGUAGGUAAAUGUAUUUAGCAGUUUGAAUUGGGAAGUUUGUUUAUUUGGUAAUUCUUGGUACUGAUUUUUAUUUAUGUUUUAGGCUCAUUUUCCAUUUCAAUUUGUAAAUGCUUACAAGCAGAUGUAUUUGUUAGCUGUAUAGUGUUAUUGCUAAAAUAAUAUUUUAUUAAUUGUGGCCAAAUGUAUGUAUAUUUAAUAAUACAACUUGCUAAACUUACCAAACACACUAAAGCAUGUGGAGCAUCCUGCAGUCAUGUAGGCUUAAGAAUUUAACAUUCCAGUGUGUCCCAAAGAGGCCACAUCAAAAUUGAUGAGAUUUCACUUUAACAAUUUUAAAGCUUUCAUUGCAGCAAUUGACUCCACAACAGCAUAUCUCUCCUACUUCCCGGGUUUCGGCACCAAUGUUAUGGGGUUCACAGGAUGGGCAAGGAGGAGGUGGAACCGGCAGAACAGUCAACAUAAUUUUAAUGACAUGACUGAACUUAAAAAUAAACACAGACACACACACAGCAGUCGCAUGUCCCUCUCUCGAACUGGCGCCUUUGGCUCGUCUUUAUCCCCCUCCUGGCUGAUUAGGACAAUUCAGCGCCGGGCGUGCAUCCUCACAGCCCGGCCAUGCCCCCCUCCUCGUCACAUUAACUAAUGUUCUUUUUUAAUUUCCAACAUUUAAGCAUUUUGAGAUUUCUUAAAUUCUUAUAUAAAUGGCACACCAAUUGUUUAGAUACAGUACCAUUAUUACUAAUCUAACAGAAGUUUGCAAUUUAAAAUGAUUUUGCAAUGGCUUCAUAUUUAUACAAAUUGCACAAUCCAACAUGCUACAGAAUUAUUAGAAAUGAAUGUGAUCUCUGUAAAUAAUAUAAUUUUUACCAUUCCUCAUUCUGUCAAUGUUUGAUGAUAAAUAAAACUGCCCAAACUUUG